UAACGCCGGCGGUCAAACCGCCUCCAUCUCCAGUCCACUCCAAAGAAAUCGUUCUCUAUCUCCGUCGCUCUCUCUCUCUCUCGCUCGCCCUAAUUCCCGUCGCCUAUUCCACUUCUUCGACGUCGUAGCUCUUCUCCGAGAUAAGGUAGCCAGGCGCCCGCGGUCGAUGAGAUGAGAUCGGAACCCCCGGGUGAGGCGAGUGAUUUGUUUAUAAGCGGUGGCGUUGUUGGCAUGGAGGGGACGCGGGUUGUGGCUCCGGUGGCGAGCAUGAUAGCAUCGCUAGCCAACGUGGUGCAAGCCCUCGGACGGGGAUUCGACGUCACCGCCGAUGCGCGGCUGCUGUACUGCAAGGGCCCCCCUGGUUCCCGCCUCGUCUUGCUCGACGACAGCCGUGCCGGGAGCUUGGUUUUUAUGGACGGAGGAAUCGACCGGCAGAAUCGUCUUCCCAGCGUGCCAUCAGGUGUCAAAAUUUCGAAGGGGAGCCACCGGCGUGAGCACUCCCGCGUCUUUAGCUUCCAUCAGAUGGCUGAGCAUUUCAAUAAGAAGUCAGGUAUAUCUGGCUCAGUGCCUCUUGGCAGCUUUAACUCAAUGUUUGGUUUCACUGGAUGUUGGAAGGGCGAUGCUGCAGCUACAAAGGCCCUUGCGAUGGAUGGUUUUUAUUUCCCUUUGUAUGAGGUUAGGCUGAUAACCGACGAUCUAAUGCUUCGAGAUGAUGUCAAGCAUGCAGUUCCUUGCAAUUGGAACCCGCAAAUGUUGGCUAGCUUCAUCGAGAAUUUUGGAACCCAUAUUAUUACAUCCAUUACUAUUGGUGGUAAACAUGAGGUGUAUGUCAAGCAGCACCAUUCAUCAAAGUUAACUGGGUCAGAGAUUGAGAGUUAUGUUAAGACAAUUGGGGAUCAGAGAUUUAUGAAUUUGGAAGACCAAUCGUCUAAUGCUCCCCUGAAUUAUGGAGACAAGGAUAUUGCUGUGACAUUUAGGAGAAGGGGUGGCAAUGAUCUUGUACAGAAUCAUUCAGAUUGGGUGACCUCCAUUUAUUCUGCACCGGAUGUUAUCAAUAUGACUUUCUUCCCCAUUGUUUCUCUUCUUGAUGGGCUACCUGGCAUUCAAAAUCUUGUUCGUGCAAUAGACCUGUAUCUGGAGUAUAAGCCACCUAUAGAGGAACUGCGAUAUUUCUUGGAAUUUCAAGUGAAGAGAGUCUGGUCUCCUCUGCCAGAAAAUAUUCCUGGACACCAGAGAAAGGAACCUGUAUGUCCUUCUCUUCAGUUUAGCUUAAUGGGGCCCAAGCUCAAUGUUAGCACCGAACAGGUAUCUGUUGGUCGAAAGCCAGUCACUGGCUUAAGGUUAAGCGUUGAAGGAAGCAAACAGAACCGGCUUGCCAUUCACUUGCAGCAUUUUGCAACCCUACCAAAGAUCCUUCUACCACACUGGGAUUCCCAUGUUGCGAUCGGUCCUCACAAAUGGCAAGGCCCAGAGGAGCAAGACAGCCGCUGGUUCGAACCGGUCAAGUGGAAGAACUUUGCACAUGUCAGCACAGCACCCAUCGAGAGCACCCAGUCCGACAUCGAUAAUCUCUCUGGCGUCCACACAGUGACAGGGGCUCAGCUAGGGGUAUGGGAUUUUGGAACCAAGAGUGUCCUGCACCUGAAACUAUUGUUUUCCAAGGUCCCCGGUUGCACAAUAAGGAGGUCAGUGUGGGACCAUAGUCCAUCAUCCACUCUGGCACAAAAAUCAGACGACAAACCCUCUUCCACAUCAAGGGACUUUGCCAAGCUUGCCAAGAUUGUGGACAUGGCAGAGAUGUCAAAGGGUCCACAAGAUACUCCAGGCCAUUGGCUGGUUACAGGGGCGAAGUUAGGAGUCGACAAAGGGAAGAUCGUUCUACGUGUGAAGUAUUCCUUGCUAAACUAUUGAGUCACAGAGUUCCUCCAUGUGUUCAUCCAGCCAUUCUUUCGACAGAUAGCAUGCAUCAUUAAUUUGUUUCUACAGUAAGUUCUUUUGUACUUAAUACACAUCGCUCAUUUUCUUUAGUUACACUUUGUUGUCCUGGUGUGAUCACAGGAAGGUUUCAUUUGAUAUUGUAACUUGAUAGGAUUUCUUAAUCAUAAUGUAUUAUGGAUCAUCUCUGUAGACUUCAACUUCCCUUGCAUUCCUUGGAUUCUCAGAGACUUGUAUGGUUUUUUUCCUUUCUCUAGUUGAGAUUACUUAAUCCAA